ACAUCACUAACUACUACUGUUUUUUUUGUGUUUUUUUUUUACAAAUUCCAAUCAAAAAAGCCUGCAAACGCACUUCGCUGAAUUCCUUCUGAACUUCGUCCGUCCAAAAACAACGAAUCCAAGAAUCUCGCACAAAAUUCCUUUAAACUAAUUAACUAAUUUACGAAAAAUUGCCCACUUAGAAAACAAAACAAAAAAAUAAGAAAUUAUACGCAAAAAACGCCAAAAAAGAAAUCUGAUUUGAAAGCAAGACGUAUAUGUAUGUGUACAUGUACAUGCAUACAUAUGCAUGCUUACAUUGGUGCAAAUAUCUAAAGUUGACUUUUAACAAUAAAAAAAUCAAAACGUGAGCAAGUGCCAAAAGAUGGAUAAAAAAAACAAAUCGUCCGGUUUACGCAUAUUAUGGAUACCAGGGCGUAAAUCUCAUUCAAAAGGUCACUUCAACUCGACAAAUAAACAUAUCUCCUAUUCGGGCGCUCAAAAAAAAAGUGAGGUAUGGACAUUGGGCGGCAGCAAGACCCAAAACGAACUGCUUGAUCUGCCAACGCCGGAGGAUAGCAACAACGUUGCUGCCAGUUCAUCUUUGGCCUGCAUCAGCAUGUCGUCGACUUUGGUGAAAAGUGACAAACCAAAUUUACCACAACAGCUUGUGGUGGUGGAUCACGAUGCUAUGCUAAGCACAGAGUUGCCUACAUUGCCUCCAACGCCAGUGGCGGCGAUUUCACCAAAUCUUAACUCGCCACUAUCGGAGCUAGCGCCAUCGACACCAUCCACCACAGCGAUGGCAUCGCCACUAGUGGUGACUAAAGCAGAAAUACUCGACUUGCAUAGUAUAUUGAGUGCGCAUGAUUUGCCCAAGGUGCCGCAUUUAGGCGACGGAGAGCUUUCCACAUCAGCUGUGGUGUUGAAUAGCUCUGCAGGCACCACAGCUUCGAUAGCAACAAAUUCAUCACCUGUCGGUAAUCGUAAGGUACACAACAAUCCACAGGGUUCGCCACAAAAAACAAGACACAAGAACUACAAUAACAAUCAGGAUGAUAUCAAUUCCAUUGAGAGUAUUACAAGCUUUACACAGCAUCAGGUAUGCACCGAUUUCAAUUGGAUUGAUGAGAUGGUCGAGGAGCGCAACUGCGAUGAACUGAUGCAUAAAAACAAGCGUAAAAAAUCGAAGAAGUCAUUGCAUGCAAAGUCAUCAUCGGAUCAGCUGGAUGGUCUAAAGCUCAAGGAUAAGCAUCAGUUAAAUGAGAGCGCAAAGCUGAAGAAACAUGAUUCCAAGUCUAUGACGUCGCCCUACGAUGAUAACGAUGAGAAGGUGGUCAAGUGUUUAUAUUAUUCACUCAUGUGCUGCGAUUGUACAAUAUCUUAGAUAUAUACACAUACACUACACAUACACACAUCUACUUAGGCUUUAUGUAUACGUUUUCCAUGUGAAUUGGACAUAAGUUUGAUACUUUUUGUCCGCACUGCCAAGCAUUGAUGCAUUUAGCAAAAAAAAAAAAAAAACAACUGCUCAACUACAAAA